ACUGAGCUACCACUGCUUCUGCACCACUGGACCACUGAAUAAAUUUGGAUGGGAGAAUAUUCUCAACACAGAAUUACUACUGACACAGUUGUGGGUGUUAUGCUGGUAUACAUUUAAAAGGCACAGCAGUGUUGCUGUUAUUUUUGCAUGAGUUGGUGCCACUGCUGGGCUGUGAGUUGUCUCCAUGCAAAAACAUCCAGCCAGCAGCUGUCCUGUGUUUAGACAGUGCCCAUAGAUGAAAGUCUAGAGCAUAGAUGUCAAACUCUAGCCUGAAGUGUAAUUAUAUUUGGCCUGUGAGAAAAUACCGAAUGUCUACUAGAGCUGCCCUGCCGGUAGACAGUGCAUGCACCGCUAAUAUUACAAAUCCCGGAAUGCUCUGCUGGUGCAUUGGCGCGUCAGUCAGGACCCACAAGUGCCCCCUCCUCUGUUGAUAUUCAUUAGCGACCUCAUGCUACCAGUCACAUCGGGCCACCCCUCCCAAAAAUGGCCAAACAAAAGGUGGAAAACAGAAGCUUUCUAGAAAAGUGGGAAGCAGAAUAUCCGUUCAGAAAUGUAAAGGACAGACCUAUUUGUCUUGUGUGCAGAGCCAAUGUAGCUGUAACCAAAGAAUAUAACAUAAGACACUAUGAAACGAAACACCACGACAAGUACCUGGACAUGGCAUGAAAAAGUAGAGGAGAUGAAAUGAAGUUUGGUUUCAUGACCGACUAUGUUCACAAAAGCCAUAUCACAAAGUGAGGCUGCUGUAAAGACUAGUUUUAUUGUGGAAGCAGAGAUUGCAAAAUCAGCCUGGCCCUUUAAUGAGGGAGAGUUUGUCAAAAAGUGUCUGAUCAAAGGUUGUGACAUUGUGUGCCCAGAUAAAAGGCAAGCAUUUUUAAAUGUGAGCCUUAGCAGAAACACAGUAGUUGAUCGUGCAUGUGAUCUUGCCACAAAUCUACAUGAACAGCUGAUGGAAAAGGGAAAAGAUUUCAUUGCACUCUCCCUUGCUGUGGAUGAGAGCAGCGACACAUCCGAUACUGCCCAGCUCUUCAUCCGUGGAGUGGACUCAAAUCUGUGCGUUCCGGAGGAACCUUUGGGAUUAAAAUCAGUGCAUGGCACAACCACAGCAAAAGAAAUCUUUUAAGAGGUUUCCAAAUGUGUAACUCAAAUGAGGCUACCUUGGGAUGAACUUGUGGGACAGAUGGUGCACCCGCGAUGUGCGGUCAAAAGAGUGGCUUGGUGGCUAGGAUACAGGAGAAGAUGUGGUGGGGGGACUGUGCAGUUUCAAAAUUCCUGACUCUCCUUAUAGAAAUACACCCAUUUAAUAACACUAGGGUCCUAAAAGCUGUGGACUGCAGGGUCAAAGUUCAGUUCCUGUACCCUCACUCAUCACGGAGCGCUGUGCUGGAGAGCCAUUUGCUGCUGGCUGCAGAGGAUGGCUAUGUUGAUCAGUUCCACAUACCACUGGUGAAGCAGGAAGGAUAUAGAGUUGUGGUCCGGAGCCCCGAGCAUCUGGCGAGAGACAGAGUGGUGGACGAGGCGUGCUGGCUGCAGUGGGAUUCAGGCCCGCAGAGACUCUUCUACCUCAGCGGUCGGGAGAAAUACCUGCUGAAGUGUGUGCAGUUUUUUCCCGAUCGCAACUUUGAGACUGUGUUUGAACUCUCCCUGGAACUGCCCAGCAAUUCUUUCACCUCUGUGAGGUUUGUUAACUUUGGACACGACCACUUCCAAGAACAGGAAGAUCAGGGACUGAAACUGGUUGUAUUUACAGACAGAACAGAGAGGACCAUGUGUGUGUGCUACAGCCACCCUUUGAAUGGGUAUAAAGACAGCGCAUACACCAUUGCUUUUGUGCACAGAGGCUUCAGUAAGACCUUCACCGUAGCUCUGACGCACACAGCUACACCUGCUGACGCACUGAGCCUCCGGACAGUCUUCAUCCACCUGGGGUAUUACAUCGUGGUGUAUCUAGCUGGGCACUUCCUCCACCUGAUCAACUGCAGACAGCAGGACCUGCUGUGUCACAGCCUCUUCCUGUCAGGUGCCGAUGCCCAUGUGGAUGGACUGGGAGCCGGCAGAGUGGUGGCAAGCACCUGGGACCGCAGGGUGCUGGACUGGCAGGCGGGCAGGAUGUAUGAUGGUGACCUCAGCCACGCCUUCCUCCUCAAGCUCCUGAGCCCCGCCAGACCCCAGGCGCAGCGGCUUGCCGCCCUGCACUGCAUGCUGGUGCACCUGGGCCCAGACCCGGAUCUGGAGCAGAAGAUAAUUGAGUGGAUCAGCGACAGCGUGAUGAGCUUUGACGCUUUUGAUCAGAUUCAGGAGUUUAUUCUGGCAUCCCUGUACAGGAUCUGCUAUCAGCAGUCCCUGAGUCUGGAUACAGUGCUGCCAUACUCUUCUGUGUUUGAGAAGAAGGAGCUUCCAGUAGCUCUGACUGCUAUUCCCGGUGUGAAGUGCACCCCCGAGUUACUGGCCCAGCCAAUAAUCAAAGGAAAGGCCAGAAAUCUGCAGGGUUACUGGGAAGAGCUGCAGUGGAUUAUAGAAAGAAUGAGGUAUUUUGAGGCUGUGCCCAACCCUCGAUAUCGAACCUCCCAGAUGAGGAGUGACUGGACACAGCUACAAGCAGCCCUGAACUCAGAGAAAAAGAGAUCCUGUAAUGACCUCCGAAAUCUUGAAGAAAACACUAAAAAAGUUCUGUCGAUGGUGGACACGUGGCGCUUGGAUAAAAGAGUGGUUCCUCUGUUUCAGGAGGAGGAUCUCCCACAGAGGAUGCUGGUGGGUCUGAUGGUGGACAAGCUGCGUGAACACUUGAACAGACAUCUGCCCAGGCUGGGGAAGAAGAAGAUUGACAUGCUGGCAUUGAAUUACGUGGCCAAGCUGCUGGAGCUGGUCAGACACAUGCUGGAAUCGGUGUGGCUGAAGCUGAAUCUGGGGCCCAGUGUGGUCUGCCUCAAAGAACAGGGCAGCCCAAAGGACUGGCUGAUGUUUCAUGUGAUGUGCCGGAUUCUAGAAGCCACGCAAGGGCUAUGCCUGCCCCUCCCACCUGGUUAUUCAACUCUUUUGACUGUGCUGGGGAUGCGCUGUCUACCACGCCACACAUUCCUGCAGUAUGUGGACCAUGGCUUUCUAAAACUCACGGAGCCCUUUGUGUCGCGCCUUAUGACAGAUCUUGAUAACAGUGAUGGAAACGAAGAACUAAAAUUCAGUGUCCUGAAAAGACUUCCUGAGUGUUUGAAGCAGAGAGUAUGGCAGCUUUGGGAUCAUCCAGUGAGCUCAGCAUGCAUCUCCAGAGAAUAUGUGAGAGCGCUGCUGGAGAAGUACACCAAGUCCACAGGCUCAGUGCAGUUGGACAAAGACAAGACAUGCUUCCGGCCUGAAUUCCUGCCACUAGCCUACCUCGCCAGUGUUCUUUCAGACAUGGAAAAGCAUGCUCCAGACCCCUUCCAGGAACAGGAGAAUGUGGAUGCCAGAUUUGUGGAAGAAACUGCCCUAAAGCAGACUCUGAUCAAGCUGGGCCUUGAGGACAAGUAACAUCAACCCAAAUAGAAGGUGCACGAACGAACGAGGAGAGAGCCAACAAAACGUGUCCCAUGUCCAAAACACUGAGUCAGCAUGUUGGUCCCAGAAAGAGCAGUGAAUAUUCAGAACUGUGUCAUUCUGUAAACCAGUGGCUAAUAUCCCAUGUGAGUUAACCGCACAUGUUGGUCAGCACUGCCAAGCUGCCACUUUGUUCUGAGGAGGCCAGCACGUUAACCUGGAAGGCAAGAAGUUUCACAUGGCGGCCAAAUGUACACGUUUCUGACUAUAAAAUGUAUGCAGAUAAAAACUGCAUAACUGUUAGAUUUUUUUUUCUAGAGUGUUAACUUUUUGUAAUUGCAUAAUUUCCAAAGGCAUUUCCGUAACUGGUGAUGGAUGUUUAAAUUGCCUAGUAAACGUGUGUAAGCUUGGUUUUGAUUUGUUGUCAGUAAAAUGUCACUUCUCAUGGUAGGCCAAGGUUAUUGUACAACCCUGUUUCUUUUUUAAAGUUACUGUAAAAUAGA